UCGCUGGUUGGGUCUGGCAAAACCUUCAGCAGCCGGCGAGUUUUUUGGCGGUUUUACCUCGCUGGCUUGCUAUUAACUGGAGGGCGCGAAUGACGUAUGGAAAUCCGAUUUUUUUUUUUCCAAGCCACCUUUAGCAUCAGCGCUGGUGACCAUUCUGUACAGUCGUUUGCUUCCAACUGUUUUAAAAGACAAUGUCAUUCUUCAACAAGAUAAUGGACAAGGCGAAGCAUCAUAGUCACUCAUCGUCCAAAGAUUCAGGCAGACCUUACGGCAGUAAUGGUGAAAACGCAUAUGUCACCCCACCAGCAUCCGCUACACCUGGUCGAAGUUUUGACAAUCAAGCCCAGAACGACUCUAGCAGAAUGAGCAUAGACAGUCCAGAUUUUGCAAAAUCACAACAGAAUAAUAACCAGCCGCAAACUAGUGCACCAUCUGGAGCACCAGCUGGAGCACCACCCCAAACGCUUCAGCAGCAAGCCGAGCAUCAAGAACAAGAGCAACAACAUCAGCCUCAACAGCAGUUUAUUGAUUCGUCCAUCAUCCAGCAGCGCCAGUCACGCCCAAAGCUCAAGCUGGACGAUUUUCAUCUAUUGAGAACAUUGGGCACUGGAUCAUUCGGUCGAGUUCACUUGGCACAAAGUAAAGUGAAUGCGAGGUUUUACGCCAUCAAAGUACUCAAGAAGUCUGAGGUCGUUCGAUUGAAACAAGUCGAGCACACAAACAAUGAAAAGCAUAUUUUAGAAGCUGUUGCACACCCCUUCCUCGUUAAUAUGUGGGGCACUUUCCAAGACGACGCAAACUUGUACAUGGUCAUGGAUUAUGUUCCUGGAGGCGAACUUUUUAGCGUUCUUCGCAAGAGUCAGCGUUUCCCCGAUCAUGUUGCAAAAUUCUAUGCUGCUGAAGUCAUCCUUGCUCUGGAAUACUUACAUUCCAAGGAUGUUAUAUAUAGAGAUCUCAAACCUGAGAACCUACUCUUGGAUGCCCAAGGUCAUUUGAAAAUCACAGAUUUUGGUUUUGCCAAGCAUGUGCCAGAUAUUACAUGGACUCUCUGCGGUACUCCGGAUUAUCUUGCUCCGGAGAUCAUUCAGUCCAAAGGUUAUGGCAAAGCUGCCGACUGGUGGAGUUUGGGUAUCUUGAUUUUUGAAAUGUUGGCAGGCUAUCCACCAUUCUAUGAUGACGAUCAUCUCAAGCUCUAUGAAAAAAUCUUGGCAGGAAAAAUCAAGUGGCCAACGUAUUUUGAUCCAAAUGCUAAGGAUCUUCUCAAGCGCUUACUGACCCCCGACUUGUCCAAGCGUUUUGGUAACUUGCGUGGAGGUAGUGACGAUAUCAAAAGACACCGAUGGUUCGAAGGAGUCGACUUUAGUCGUGUACUUGGACGGCAGAUCAGAGCACCCUAUGUACCUCAAAUUCGUGGUGAUGGAGACGCUAGUCACUUUGAUCGCUAUCCCGAAGAGCAACAGCCUUAUGGCAUUCACCAGGAUGAUCCAUACCGAAACAAGUUCCCAGAUUUCUAAAGAAAAGAAAAGAAAUGAAAUAUAUAUAUUUUUUGUUCUGUCAUUGUAACUUGGUUUUGUCGGUUUUUUUGCUUUUCUCUCUCUUCUGUAUCUUUUGCUUUGCUCUUUCCAUUUGCACAUGGUGUUUGAAGGAACAACCGCUGCCUUAUUCCAAAAAACUUCGUUAAGCAACUCAUUAGGUUUUGAAAACGAAAAAAAAAAAAAAGUUGGAUGUCCGUAAGCCCUUUCAUUGUACCUUUUUUCUUCUUAUUGGUUUGUAUCUUGCCCAGCUUCCCCCCAAACUCUACCUACGGCUUCGUUUAUACUAUUCAUUCUCUGUGCAUAUCUGUAGCAACCGCAUGCUAUCAUAAAUAAAUACAGAAGUGAGAAACGAAACA